CGCUGCCAAUUGAGGCCACUGCAGAAUAAUGGCAGACGGUGGUGGUGAUGGUAACAAAAUAGGGUAGUGAAAAGAGCCUGCCAUUGCUUUGAAGUCCAAUUUGGAAGUGCAGUGGAUUCCAAGGUUAAGGCCAAGGGAGGAUGGAGGAAGGGGUGGGAAGAGGAGCGCGUCAGACAAGAAUCCCGUGUUUGAGUGCCUGCCGCCCUCUGCACACAAUUGAAAAGGAGAAGACAAAACCUCAUGCAGAUGACCUUCAAUGCUGAAGAAGCGCACAGUGUUAUUAAAGAUUGUAUAGAAGGUGUUCUGGGCAAGGCAGAUUACAAUCACGACAAUGUCAAUCAGUGGACUGCAGCUAUAGUAGAACAAUCUUUAACACAACUGGUAAAAUUGGGGAAAACAUACAAGUACAUUGUAACCUGUGCAGUGAUGCAGAAGUGUGGAGCUGGUCUGCAUACAGCAAGCUCAUGUUUUUGGGAUACCACAACUGAUGGUACCUGCACAGUCCGAUGGGAAAACCGAACUAUGAACUGCAUCGUCAAUGUCUUUGCUGUAGCCAUUAUUCUGUAGCAAACUGGACAAAUCGCACUAAGUUAUGCCAAAGCCUUUAAGAACAAAACUAUCAAAUUACUUAUAGUACAUUGUAAGAAUUAUUAAAUAAAACUAUAUUUAUGCACUAAAGAGAGAGCAGGAAAUGUGCUUUUAAAAGAAGUCUCUGCACAAUAUAUAUUAUAGUAUAUAUUAUAGUAAAGUGUAAUCGUUCGGCUUAGCCAGCUGGCAGCUUGCUAGAGACCAGCUGUAAAAGAAAAAAGACAAUGUUUUGAGCAUUCUAGGACUGUGGUUCUCUCUGCUCCCCACCCUGCAACCUGCAAGAAGUGAUGGAAAAGUUACGUAAAAAUAAGAAAAUGCAUGUUUCCCCCCACAUUACCACUUCAUACACAGUGGUACUUCAUACACAGAAGCUUAAGAUAAAUGUAAUCAGUAAGGGGGAAGAGAAUAUUAUUUGUAACACACACACACACACACACACACACACACAAAAAUUGGUUCUGAGUUAUGGAAGUUGAUGCCUUAGAAUAGUGGUUUUAAACCUGUGUUCCAAGGAAUCCUUGCGCUCCCAUCUGUGCUGCUUCAGUAUAACGGCCGAUCUCUGCCCCCUGAAAACUAGAGUUGUGAGAGCGUGUUGUUUGCUGUAAUGCAUACACUCAUUUGAUGCAGUGCAACAGCUACCACAUAGUCUCAUGCGUGCAACCCAGAACAUAAUUCCAGCAUGAAUAAGUCGCACAGCAGGUCAAAAAAGUUCCCUGAAAGCUGUAAGUUUGAAAUCCGCUGCUGCUUAGACUAUUAGUGUUUGUGAUUUAUAAUGCAUAAUAAAUUAAGCAGUGAGGGGGGAGGAAGCAGAAAAACCCAACAAGUUGUAAAAUAAUAUUUUCAUGUUUUAGGCACAAAAUUUAUAAAGCCAAAGUACCUACUUUUCUCAUACAGGGUAUGAAUGUUCAGCAAAAGAAUGUAUUUUUCAUGCUGUAAAGGCUGUGCUUACACUGUGGCACAAUUCUUAAGGCACAUUCGUCAAAGUAGGGAAAUUGUAUUAAAACAUUCUGCAACAUUUGGUUCAGUUAUUGGUACAUUAACAAAUAUUUGGUGCAUCGGCACAUAAUUACAAACCAAAAGCAUAAAAAUAAUGUGCAGGUAAUACAUGUGCAAAUACUUUAGAUUAGGAUAUUAAAAGCUUAGCAAUGCUCUCAUGAUACCAUUUUAUUGCAUAUCUCCCAGGCAGGACCAGCCUUUGGCUCUUCAGAUUCUUGAAGAGAGUUGUGCUUGCUCAGUCGUGUUCAUAGAGUUAGACCAUAAAUCCUUGCUAUUUAUGUUAUUAGUUAAAAUAAUUCUGCAAUCCUAUGCUUGCUUGAGAGAAAAUUGCAUUGAAGAGAGUGGAACUUACUUCUGAGUAAGCAUGCAGGGAAUCAACAGUAUGCUUCUUGCUUCCUAGACCUACCAAAAUUAGAAAAUUCUCCACUUCAGUCAAGUGGGUAAUCCUAGUAACUUGAAGAACCACUCAAGCAAAUAUUAAGUACCUUUGCAAAUAUGUUUCGUAUAUAGGAUUCUAUUUUUUCAUAAAAAGUUACAUUGUUUUGCAGUUAUUUAUAUACCUAGUAGAACUUGAAGCUAUACUGUUGCAUUAAGCAUUUCUGCCUUUUGUCAGCACUGCAACAAGCUGGUUUCAGUUGCAGUUUAUGUUUAGAUUUUUUUUAUCAUUGCAAUGCUUUUGCUUUGAAUUACUUUAACAUUAUAAUAUGUAAAGCACCAAAGGUCUAGCUGUUUUUCGUUAAUAAAGUUGCAUAUUUAAGCAAAUACCAUGUUUAUAUUCCAUAUUGUUAUAGCGUGAACAAAGAUAUCUCUGUAUUCUUUAAAUGAAUGCACAUAUCUACAGCAACAGAACUAAAAUACUAUGCGAAGUUCUCUCACAGCUCUGGAUUCAAAAUUUGCUCUUUUUCUGGGUGCAAGCUAUUUUCAUCUUUUUCCUGAAGCAGUAAAAGAUAAUAAUGAAGAGAGAACAUUUUACAGAUCGUGGAAACCACUGUAGAAUAUAGAUGAAUGCAGCUAGUAAAGGGUUUGGCCAGAAAAUAAAGACAAAGGUACAAUCUACCUUUUACUCUUUUUUUAUAGUAAACUUCUGAUGCUGUUACUGAGACUAGAUGGUUUUAUUCUCAAUUGUAUUUCUGGGUUUUAAAAAAUGCAGUUGAACAUAAAAUGAAUGCUCAUCAAUAUAUCUUAUGGCAAGAUUGCACUAGAAAUUAUGCUGGUAUUGGUUUUAAAAGAGGUACAGUUUGUUUUAACUAAAAAAAUAAAAGGUGCCUGCCUUACCUAUA